AUGGAGAGUUGGCAGAAAAUUAAGAAAUUGGGUCAAGGUUCUUUCGGGUUGGUUUUCUUGGCCACCAAUAAGUCGUCUUCUUCUUCUUCCAAGAGGUUUGUAGCCGUGAAAUCGAUUGAUUGCUCUGCUCAAUUCGCCGUUGCUUCAUUGAGGGAAGAAGCUCGAAUCUUAGGUCAAUUAAUCGGAACCCCUAACGUCGUUCAAUGCUACGGUGAAGACUUUAGCAUCGAAAACGGUCGUAAGAUUUACAAUCUUCUUCUCGAUUAUGCUCCGGGAGGGAGUCUUCAUGACCUGAUUUGCAAUACCUAUUCUGGCGGCAAAACCUUGCCGGAACCCCUCGUUGCUCUGUACUCAAGUAUGCUGUUAAAAGCCCUCGCCGGAAUUCACUCCAAAGGAAUUGUUCACUGCGACCUAAAACCGGAAAACGUUCUGAUUUUUCCGACGUUGUGCGGCGGGAGACACAUCAACAUGCUAAAACUAGCCGACUUUGGAUCUGCGAGAAGGUUAUCAGAGGAGGAACAACUCGUGGAGACAGAUUCCGGCGGCACAAAGACUUAUACCAAGACUACUCUGCCUUAUGCAUCACCGGAAUCGGUGUCUUCUGGAGUGCACGGGACUGGCACGGACAUCUGGUCCUUUGGAUGCAUAGUAAUUGAGAUGAUCACUGGACAACGCGCCUAUAAUUACAGGGACAAUGAUGAUUUGGUUCAUCAGAUAUUACAUGGAUGUAUUUUUGUGCCAGGAAGACUUUCCAAUAUGGAUGGGGUGGAUUUCUUGAUGAGGUGUUUUGAUCGAGAUCCGAAGUAUAGAUGGUCUGCCCUGAAGUUAUUGAAUCAUCCUUUCAUUGUUAAUAACUUGAAGAUGAUGUCCCAAAUUCAUGGUGUUGAUUAUAGCAAGAUUGAGGACACGAAUUAUUCUCAGAAAAAUCCUUUUGGAAGGCUUGAUUGGGUUACUAAGCAGCACCUUUUCUCCAAAGGACAGCAGCAGCAGCAACCACUAGUACACCACCACCACCACCAGGAGGAGGCUCGACGCCAGAAGCGGCUUCAGUUUCAUCAACCAUAUGUUCGAUUGCCGGUGCAAAACAGUCAUCAGCUUCCUGGCCCAACAGCACUUAAUCACUGCCUUCGAGUUUGA